UAAGGCGUCGGGCCUGAUUCGGUAAAUACGCUGUGGAAUUUCCUUCCAUCAAAGUAAAUCGUACUUACCUGCUUCAGCUUCACCUGCUCCGCUAGGUUUUCCGCCAAUUCCCGGACGAUAAGCGAAGAGGUUAUCGUGAGCGGAUCAUUGCGCCACUGUUUGAAAUGUCGGAAGCGGAUGAGUACCGUUGCUUUAUUGGUGGCCUUGCAUGGUCAACAUCUGAUAGAAAGCUGAAGGAUACAUUUGAAAAGUUUGGCAACCUUCUUGAGGCAAAGGUGGUUGUUGACAAAUUCUCUGGGCGCUCUCGUGGUUUUGGAUUUGUCACAUUUGAUGAAAAGAAAGCAAUGGAAGAUGCUAUUGACGCUAUGAAUGGGAUGGAUCUAGAUGGUCGAACUAUCACUGUCGAUAAAGCUCAGCCUCAACAAGGAUCUAGAGAUGAUGGUGAUCGUUAUCGUGAAAGGGGUCGUGAUCGGGAUCGUGAUCGUAACCGAGAUUAUGGAGGUGGUCGAAGCUCCAACGGUGGUGAGUGUUUUAAAUGCGGCAAACCUGGUCAUUUUGCUAGGGAAUGCCCCAAUGAAGGAGCACGGGGAAGCAGGUAUGGUGGCAAGGAAAGUAGAUAUGGUGGUAAGAGUAGUGGUGGUGGUAGUCACUAUGGUCCCGAUAGGAAUGCAGAUCGUUAUUCUGGUGGUCGCAACAGGGAUUCAGGUACUCAUGGAGAUUCUGGAAAUGAUCGGUACCCUCGUGAUCGUGCUGGACCUUAUGAACGUCGAGGACCAGGAGGCUCUCGUUCUGGAUAGUAUUUAGUCUUCAUUGAGCUGCAAAAUGGGAUGUGUUGCUGUUGCUGCCUCAACUUCCUUUUGUAAUGGCCAUGCUCUGGGAAACUUGUUUGGGUGGAUCAAUGAUGACACUGUUUUGAUAUGCUUUACUCGGCACAUACAUCAAAACUCAUUUAUGUUCCUAACAUGCUGACCAUUUGGUCCGUUGAAAUCUUAUGCAUGAUUGACUUGCUAUC